CAUUUAACACCACACCACCAAACCAAUCAGUCUGAAGUUGUUCAUUCAACCGCAAGCUUCGGCCAAGUUCAACCUCAGUUAAUCAAUUUUUGUCUCUCGUGUUUAAUAUAUUUUUACUUUUAUUUAAAAAAAACUAAAUAAGUUCGAUUAGAGAGUUUAUUGUUGUUAAUAAUUAAAACUGUGCUGUACGACUUUUAUAUAAAUUUUAUCUUUUUCUGUUUGAUCGUUUGAUAAAAAAUAAAGAACACAAAUUAUAGAGAAAUGCGCUCAUAAAAAUAUGUGGAUUAAUACCGUCUAUCGAUCAACUAUUUGAAAAUAAGCAACGUAAUCUGGAACACUUAAGAUGGGAAGCAUAAGGUGGCGAAGCACAAUGGCUUCUGUGAUACUAGCGACAGCUGUUAUUUGUCUAGUUUCCCGUGUGAGUAGUCAAGAACAUUCCUACUCCUUGUCACUGUCGAAAACUGAUAUAACAGUUCUUGUGAACUCUAAAGAGGAAUUGGAUUUAAUGCUUCAUGGAACAUUAAACCAAAAUGUCAGUAUUACCUUCAUCAAACAACAUCCCGAUCUCAUCGAUCUAGAACCAUCGGUCGUAAGCUUCGAUGUCAAUAAUCCAGUCAAUGCGACCACAGUCCAUAUCCUCGGCCUUAAACCAGGAUCCAUAGAUGUUUCGGCUGAAUCUAACCCCAAUGAAACGUGGAUAACUCAAGACAUAUUUUUCCGAGUGCAGGUAGCGAAUUCCAUGCCAAUAGUUUACAUUUCAUCUGUAUUUGGUUGGAUCUACUUUGUGGCGUGGUCAAUAUCAUUUUAUCCACAAAUUUACACAAAUUUCAAGCGCAAAAGUGUUGUUGGUCUUAACUUUGACUUUCUGGCAUUAAAUUUUAUCGGAUUUCUCUUGUACAGUAUUUUCAAUAUUGGUCUCUAUUGGGUGCCAAGUAUGCAGGCCGAAUAUUUUAGCCGUCAUCCGCGUGGUUUGAAUCCGGUUUUGGUAAAUGAUGUAGUAUUCUCGUUGCAUGCUGUGUUUGCAACUAGUAUUACGAUUUUCCAGUGCUUUAUUUAUGAGAGAGCAGAGCAAAGAAUUUCAAUAACAGCUCGUGGCAUUGUAGGAGCAUUUAUUUUAAUCGUUGUGAUAUCAGCGGGUUUGGCGUGGGGAAGUGUAGUUCAUUGGCUAGACUUCCUAUAUUACUGUAGUUACAUUAAAUUAACAAUUACGUUAAUUAAGUAUAUUCCACAGGCCGCCAUGAACUACCGACGAAAAAGUACAGUUGGCUGGAGCAUUGGAAACAUUCUUCUUGAUUUUGUUGGUGGCACCUUGAGCAUGUUACAAAUGAUUCUAAAUGCCUAUAACUUUGAUGACUGGAUAUCAAUAUUUGGAGAUCCAACUAAAUUUGGUCUUGGUCUAUUCUCUGUGCUGUUUGAUAUUUUCUUCAUGCUUCAACACUAUGUAUUUUACAGAAAUUCAGAGGAAAUAACAAUUUCCCCAGUGACAACUGUCGAAGAUCUCACUGAGAUUAAAGAGGACAAUAAUUCUGAGAAACGAUAUUAAAUAGAAUUGUUUCGUGUUUCUCCUUAAUUUAUUUUCUUUGAUUUCAUCUAUUUUAAUAAUUAAUUACCUAGUAAAUAUUUAUAAUCAUUUGUAAUUAGUGUUAUUUUAUAUUGUUGUAUAUUUUAUUACUAUUGUUUUGCUAGAUCAUUUAUAUUUGUUAGUUUUAUUGUUAAAUACUUAAGCUAAAAAAAAGAAAAACAAAAUUUCAGAAAAUGAACGAAAAUUGUAAUAAAUUUGUUUUUUUAUUUGUUGCA